UCUCUACUGCUCCUGGCUGUCUUAGCUACUAAGGUCAAUGAGACCGUGACAACCAACAUGGCGGAAGAUGAAGUUACCAUAAAAGAUAAGUCAUUUAAACUUUUAGGAAUUCUUGAUGUUAAAAAGACACCUUGUGCCCGUGAAUCCCUGCUCUAUGGGUCUGCAGGCUCUUUGGCGAUAGGUCUUGGACACUUUUUGGCAACAAGCAGAGUUAGACGUUCUUGUGAUUUUGCAGUAGGAGGAUUCAUUCUUAGUACUUUGGGUUGUUGGAUGUAUUGUAGAUACAACAAUGCAAAAUUAAGGAUACAGCAGAAGAUUAUACAGGAUGGUAUUAAAAAUAAGGUUCUUUUUGAAGGCAGUGCCAUGGAUCCAAAUCUACAGAACAGCAAAAGUAGCCCAUAAAAAAAGACCAAACAUAAGAUGCAAGAGUUAGUGACUUAGCCAGAUCAUCACCGACUACGAAUUACAUGGUCUUACAAUGAAACUGGUAACAGCCUGCUGAUUCAAUUGUUUAAUACUGUAUAUUUGUUAUUGUUGACAUAUAUAAUAAAAACAUGAUUGUAGUUAGAUAA